UUAAUCACAAGCUCGUUCAGUUAAUCACAUUCCAAAGCUGACGUGUCAAUCCUCCUCCACGCUCCGACACGCGCCACCACAAGCCGGUCGCACACCCGCCAUGGACGUGACAGGUGUCCUCUCGACACCGCCCCAAAAACACAGCCCAUGCUCUCAGGACAGUAGCAGCAACCAAAACCACGAAGCCUCUUCAAUGUCGGAUAACGUCCAAGAUUCCGGAGACUAUCCGGCGUGGGAAGUGCUCAGCCUCGCCGCCGAUCAUAUGGACGGCGAAACCCUAGCCAUGGCUUCCUGCGUCUCCAAGACAUGGCGACUCUGUUUCUCCUCCGAGAAUCUAUGGCGGUCUCUGUUCGUGACCCAUCACCCUUCUCUCUACUCCGCCAUGACCAAGAUGACGACUUCUUCUUCUUCUUCUUCGCCGGAGAUUUCUUACCGGCGUCUCUGCUACGCCGCCGAGUCCGCUGCCAAACGCCGCCGCUCCGUCAGACAACCGGCGAAGCCCAAGAUCACCCUGUCGGAUCUGACGUUCAUCGUACACGUGCGGAAUAGUGAUAUGAAUCUGACAAUGGAAAAGCAUGGCAAAGACAUUGCCGUUCCAUCAGACGGUUUAUUCCGGUUCAACAUCGACGUUACCAAUCUCCAUGGCUCGAACCUGUUCGCCGGCGACAUGAAGGAGGCGAGGGUGACGUGGCACGUGGUUUACAGGGAAUGGGAAUCGGUUUUCACGAUGACCGAUGGCAUCAGAUCGCUGGAGAAGGAAAAGUGGUUUACCGAUGAGCUUCCGCCGCCUGAAUUCAGCAUUUUCAGCCGUGGGAGCGGUUUAGCGGCCGACGUCGCUUUGGAGAUAACCGGAGGAAACCAGUCGGUUAAGGUGGAGAAGAUGGUUUUAGGGAUUAUGAACACCGUCGACUUGAGGUAUCUGAACCUCGACGACGGUCUUAGAUAUCUUGAGCGGUUCCUUCUCGAACAAGGCAGAGAAUGAACAGUUGCUUGUUGCUCAAGUAAUCGUGUAAUUUUUUUUUUUUUCCGAUGGUGUUUUGCUUUCAUCGCUGUCCGCUUACAUUAUCAAACCAUAUGUACCGUUUUCUUUUCACAUCUAUUUCUUCCGUUAUAAAUUUAGGAUUUUGCAACAGAACCCAA